AUGGCCAAAUCAUUAAGAUCGAAAUCCAAAUUACAAGCCAAAUCUAUUAAAAGAAAAGGAGAAUUUAGUAAAUAUGAUGAAGGUAGAAGUAAAAGAAUAGCGAAUAGGUUAGCUGAAGAGACCAAGAAACAAGAAGAAGCCAAAAAGCAACAAGAACAAACCCAAACUGGAACAGAAACUAUGGAUAUAGAGGAUGAUAAAGAUAAAAAAGUGAGUACUUCAGGUUGGAGAGAUUCUCGAUCUCAAGCAUAUAAACAAAGAAAACUCAAGAAUAAGAAUAAGAAAAAGACCCUUAAAUUUUAA